CUUCAAAAGAGGCAUGUCCUUUUUUCCUUGAGAGAAGCACAUGCACUUUUCUUAAAGGAAAAUCCUGAGGUUAAAAUUGGGUUGAGUAAAUUUAGCUCUCUCCGCCCUCUCAAUGUUCUUCUUUCCUUUGAAAUUCCUAGAAAUGUGUGUUUGUGUCAAUAUCAUGAGAACAUUAAAUUGAUUUGUGAUCGCCUUAAGAAAGAGAUCCCCGAAUUUCCAAACUAUUCUGGUGAUUUCGUGGAAAAUUUUGUAUGUAGUUCUGACUCCGAGGCUUGUAUGUUUGGAAGAUGUGCCAAGUGCCCAGACUGGCUUAAAACCUUUACAGAGGAAGUAGAUUUAGAAGGUCCUGCCACAUGGUAUGAAUGGAAGCGUGUUGAAACAGUGUCACAAACUGCCAGUAAGAAAGACUCAAGACCAUGAAGGUUGUGAAGAAAAUGAAGAAAAUAAGCAAGGAGGGAACCAUUGGUGAUGCAGUAGAAUCACUUCAAGGCAAGCUUCCUUCAUUUGUAGAGCAUGUCUUUAUCAAGAGACAGCAAUCCACAUUUUUUGAGGAAAGGCUAGCCAAACUUGGUCCAAGUGAAGCUGUCAUUCAAGUAGAUUUUGCAGAGAAUUACACCUGCAAAUAUCAGGAUGAACCCCAGUCAGCUCAUUGGAACCAAGAACAGGUAACCCUCUCUACUGUGGCCAUUUGGACCAAAGAAGCUGCAGGUGUGGAUAAUGUAUGUGAGUCCCAUGAUGUUGUCUCUGAUGAAAUGAUGCAUGACAAGAAGGCACUGGCAAUGUUUAUGUUUCACGUUGUUGACCAGUUUAUCAAGAAAAGACACCAAAAUGUCAAGCAAGUCUAUGUGUUUUCAGAUGGGCCAAGUUCUCAAUUCAAAAACAAGUACAUUGCUCACUUUUUGCACACGCUGAACAAGAUAGUUCCUAUCCAGUGGAACUAUUUUGCCACAUCCCAUGGUAAGGGUGUUGUUGAUGGGAUUGGUGGUACCGUAGAACGCCUUGUCUCCAAUGCAGUGAUGACAGGAAAGUCACCUGUUGUUGCUGAUGCCCAGUCUUUUUACAGGGUUGCAAGCAGCCUUACAUCAUCAGUGACUGUUUCACUUGUAAGCCAAAAGGAAAUCAGUGAUACCUCAGAUUUACUGUCUCUUGAGAAAUGCUUCAGUGAGGCACUACCUCUUCCUGGAAUCUCAAAAAUGCACUACAUAGAGCCUCGCAAUGAUGGAAGUUUGAACUGUUGCUUGUAUUCAUUCCAGAAAUUGAUUAAAAACAGAGCCCCAGAUGUCUUUUCCUAUGAAUCUGAUGAUGAUGAUGAUGAUGAUGAUGAUGAUGAUGACACCAUUUCAGAGACCUUCUGUACGGAGGCAGUCAGUUCAGAUGAUGAUCAGGGUGAAGACAGUGACUUAAGCAGUGCAGCUUCAUGUAGUGACGAGAUCAGUAAAAAGGGCAAGCAUGAAAAUAGUGAAGAGAGUGCUGGGAGUGAAGGUGAUGUGGAGGUAACAAACAGUUCAAAGAAAGAAGUAAAUUCUAACUGUGAGAGUGGCAGCUCCACCAUUGAUGUAGAGUAUGGAUUACCCCCAGAGCUUGUAACUAAAUUCAAUUGCUCAGUGCCCUUUACCCUUCCACCUCACAAGACUGCUUUGGUUGCUGCUAUUCUUGAUGGUUAUGUGAGCUUCAAUGGAAAGGGUAUCAUAUCUCCUAGUGACCUCAAUUCCCUGCAAGGUGGUAAUAUGGUAGAAGAAGAUAAUUAUCUUACCGACUUUAUAGUUGAUAAAUAUUUUGAAAUUACUCAAGCAGCCAGAGCCAAUGGUUCCAAAGUGGUUUUAUUUCCAUGGGAAGCAUUUGAGAAAUCAGCAAUCAAGUUGCUUUUUACAAGAACAGCGGAUACGUUAUUGGAGCAAGAUAUAAUUCUUGCCCCUUGCUUUCCUAUAACAACCGACCAUUGGUUUCUUAUUGCAGUAUUCCCUCAGAACAAUUUAAUGGUUGCCCUGGAUAGCUUGGCUGGUGAUUUUGUGAAGCCAAGUCUGAAGGCAUCAAUGUUGAAAAUGUGGCAGGUACUGGAGAAGGUUGAUAUAAAUCUGGAUGUUAGUCAAUGGCAGUUUGCUGUAAAUAAGCCAAAUGAUCUCCCACAGCAAUCUAAUAGUUUUGAUUGUGGUGUGUUCAAUUCCCUUUAUGCAAGGUGUCUUGUUGCUGAAGGUGUCAUGCUUUCUGAUGAGCAAAGCAUCUCUGAUUUCAGAAAGCAUAUGCUCCUAGAGCUACAUAGCCAAAGUUUAAUUCCUGUAUCAUCAGCUACUUAUCGCAUCGAAAAGGGCAGCUACUAUGCUGUUGAUUAUGUUAACAACUACUACGUUGGUAGGGCACUCAGUGCACCUGACACAAGAAACUUUGCAGAGUUCAAAUUCCUUCACCGAAUCAGAAAGACAAAUGUAAAGAGAUUUGAAUGGCCAAACCAUGAUGACAUUGACCGUGUCCAUUCCUCUUGCGUAUUUUAUGGCCCCCUCAACUCAAGGGGCCAUGGCCCUUUUGAGAUAGUGGACAUUGAGGAACUGGAAGCAGUUUUUAAAUUGGUUUCUAAGUAA